AUGUAUCUCACCCUCUACUUUCUCACGACUCGCCUCCCUGACACGCUUCGUGCUGUUCGUGAUCACUUCCUCUCUCUCGACCCCACCAAAGUCACCAUAGACUCGUUUGAGAAACGCCUCUUAGAGGCUGAGUCUGCUGCCCUAGCUGUAGCUGCCUCCCGUGGCACUCCCCUCCCCUCCGUCUUCGAGGGGUGCUCCCCCUCCCUGCUCGUGUCCUCUGUUGCCUCUUCUGCUGCUGUCGACCUCCUUGGUGUUGAGGAGGUUGGUGCUGCAUCUGCUCCUGCUGGGAGGCGCAAGAGCGGCAAGGGCAAGGGGGGCAAGGGUGGGGGUGGUGGGGGAGGUGGGGGUGGCGGUGGUAGUGGCAGGGGCGGUCGUGGUGGAGGUGGUGGGGGAGGAGGGGGCGGUGGCAGCAGUGGAGGUGGAGGGGGUGGUGGGAGCAGUGGGGGUGGUGGAGGGGGCGGGGGUGGCACUCGGGGUGGAACUGGAGGGGGUGGAGCUGGAGGCUCGACUACGCGCACUGCUACGUUUGGUGGUGCAGCCAGUGGUGGAGGCGGCUCUGGGGGUGGACAGCUGCAGCUCUCGCCGCAGCAGCUUCGUGAGUGGGCAGUCAGGCGUGGCAGCUCGGAUGGCCCAGCUCGCUGUGGAGUUGCCAAGGUAGAGGCUGCUAGUCUUGAUGCUUUUGACUUAGCUAGCACAGGUGCAGAGCCUGAGGAGGCCUUGCACACUUUUACUCUCGACUCGGGUGCGUCUCGUUGCUUCUUCCACGACAGCACCACAGUCACACCGCUCACAGCCCCUGUCCCUGUCACACUGGCCGACCCCUCCGGGGGCCCGGAAGUCGCGCGUGGCGCCACUGUUCUCCCUUGUCCGGCGGCCCCUUCGGGCCUCCUCAUAGGUCUCCACCUCCCCUCGUUCGCUAAGAACUUGGUGGCUACCUCUGUCCUCCAGGACCAGUGGGUCACUAUCACCCAGCCUGGAGGCGAGCUAGUGGCGAUCUGUACGGACUCGCGCACUGGUGAGCACCUCGCCACGUUCACUCGGAGGCCUAGACUCUCCUCCGGCACCACCGUCUUGACCACCCCUCCUUGCCACGCCUUCGUGGCAUGCACUCCCGUCUCCUCGUCUCUGGGCUUCCCAGGUCCCUGCCCCCGCUCCCGAGGUCGCUUGCGCCGCCGUGCCUUCCUUGCGUCGAGGGGCGGCAGCGCGCCGCUCAUCACUCCUCCUCGUUUCCUCCGACCACAGCUCCUUUGCAGACCCUCCACAUGGACGUGUGGGGUCCAGCCCGAGUCCCUGGACAGGGCGGAGAGUGCUACUUCUUGCUGGUUGUAG